UUACAUAAUAUUUUACAAUGUUAUUUCAAGUUGGAAUUUCAUAAACUUUAGUUCUCAAAAAACUCUGGGCCGAGUAACUCGGUUGCAGCCAAUAACAUUGCCGUCGAGAUAUUAAAGUCUGAAUGCACUAGGGUGCCAACCAUUGGAGAUGCUUCAGAAACAGCAUCUAAAAGUGGAGAGAUGCGAUGGAACUCAAUCUCCACAUUCGAAAUUUGGCUUGCUGCUUCCCCAGACUGAGGAGCACCAUCGCAUUCCUCCACGACAUUCAUAUUUUGGGAUGUCACCUCCUCAGGUUCCAAAGUAGGAGCAUGAUAACGAUGUAAUUGCACAUAUUUGCGCCCCCUAGUUCUUAUCCGUUUGAGGGGCAUAGUCGUGUAUUUUUGGCCUAUUUUACGCCGGGUUGUGCUAUUUUGUCAUGUUUCAGGUCCCAGGUGUCAAAGGAAAGGCUAAGCACGAGUUUCGGGGCAUUCGGAAGUCAUUUCGUCAAGCUGGAGCCAAAACACGGGCACACCUAAACCAUUACACGGCCGUGUUCUGUGGCCGUGCUUUUACUGCCGAGAGCUAAUUGAGUUUGGCAAAUUCAGGUUGCAAACAAGGGCUGAAAGCACGGCCGUGUUCCACCAAAGCACGGCCGUGUCCUCCCUAAAGCACGGCCGUGUUUCUCCCAACACAUGACCGUGUAAUUAACCCUAGCCAAAGCACGGGCGGGCUGAGGCAUUACACGGCCGUGCCCUCGACCGUGCUUUGGCCACUGGUGCCUUUUUAAGCAGAUUUUCAGCCAAAGAGAAGGGGAUUCAAGUUUUUGAGAGAGAGAACGAUUCCUAGAGAGAGAGAAAGCGACGAACAAGACUCUCCAAGUUCCCUAUAUUGAUCUUCAACACCAUUGGAGGCCAGUUUGAGCUUGGAGAAGUGCCGAUCAACGUCCAGAAGCAGGAAUCCAUCCUUCACAGUAUGAAUUCCGCGUCUGAUUCUGCUUUUGCUUUUUUCUCCAUGGAGUAGUUCUCCCAUUCAUCUGGGUAUGGAGAACAGCCUGAAGUCUGGACUAAAGGUCUUCAGACCCUCUCAAUCUGAAUCUCUAGCGGGCGACUAACCUCCACCGGAGUAAACAGAUUGAGGCCUUAACAAACAAAACCUCCACUACCGGAGUAAAUCCGGUACUAGAAUAGUGAGUUGGCUCCUCGACUAAAGUCACCAACUCCCUACCUUCAAUCAAGGAUGCGGCGGGACACUCAAAAGUAUGCUCAAGCAUGCCCCAAAUGUCAGGUGGCCGCGCAAACCACUCAUGCACCUCCAUCAAAAAUGCAGGUUAACAUUGGGCCAUGGCCAUUCGCUCAAUGGGGGAUGGACUUUUUGGGACCCUUUCCCACGGCUCCCGGACGAAAGAAAUGGCUGAUCGUAGCCAUUGAUUAUUUUACCAAGUGGAUUGAGGCUGAGGCGAUCUCUAGCCUAUCCACUCAGAGAGUUGAAAAGUUUUUAUGGCUAAACAUCUUAUGCAGGUUCAGUCUCCCUCACACUCUAAUCAUGGAUCAGGGGACACAAUUCACAAGCGAAGAUUUACAGGCCUACUGCACCCAAUAUGGAAUCUUACUUCGAUAUGCCUCGGUGGCCUAUCCUCAAGCUAACGGUCAGGCUGAGGCUGCUAACAAAAGCAUCCUAUGGGGCCUAAAAACCAGAUUAGGCCAGGCCAAGGGUCGAUGGGUCGAGGAGCUGCCCCAUGUGCUUUGGGCCCACCGGACAACUUACAAGACUUCCACUGGGGAGACACCAUAUGCCUUGACUUUUGGCACCGAUGUUGUGCUGCCAAUUGAAAUGGAGCUCUCCUCUUACAGAAUUCAAGCAUUCCACCCUGAUGAAAAUCAAAUCGAGCUCACUCAUGAUCUACAUCUCAUCGAGGAGCGUCGAGAGGAAGCACUUUUGCGACUCGCCGCUUCCAAAGAGAGGAUCGCGCGUUACUACAACGCCAAGGUGAGAAAUCGACCCAUCAGGGAAGGGGAGUGGGUUCUGAGGAGAAACUUCAAACACAUUCCAAGUCAAGGAAAGUUCACCCCCCAGUGGGAGGGUCCUUACAAAGUGCGUAAAGUGGUGGGACCAAAUACUGUAAAACUAUCACUCCGUGAUGGUCAAGACAUGUCAAGGACUUGGAACACAAUGCAUCUAAGGAGAUACUUUACUCCAUAAAUAUGGUAUACCCUUGCUAUCUUUUAAAUAAACUUCCUAGUGGAUUUGUUCCCUAAAUAAAUACCAUGGUAGGGUGAAAGAUAGCUAGCAAUAAAAGCAGCGUGUUUAUUAUUACAAAAGUUUGGAAGCCCAUUGUACAUUACCUACUACAGGUGUAUAUAAGCUAAGCUAUACAUAUGACCGAGUAUCUUACAUAAUAUUUUACAAUGUUAUUUCAAGUUGGAAUUUCAUAAACUUUAGUUCUCAAAAAACUCUGGGCCGAGUAACUCGGUUGCAGCCAAUAACAUUGCCGUCGAGAUAUUAAAGUCUGAAUGCACUAGGGUGCCAACCAUUGGAGAUGCUUCAGAAACAGCAUCUAAAAGUGGAGAGAUGCGAUGGAACUCAAUCUCCACAUUCGAAAUUUGGCUUGCUGCUUCCCCAGACUGAGGAGCACCAUCGCAUUCCUCCACGACAUUCAUAUUUUGGGAUGUCACCUCCUCAGGUUCCAAAGUAGGAGCAUGAUAACGAUGUAAUUGCACAUAUUUGCGCCCCUAGUUCUUAUCCGUUUGAGGGGCAUAGUCGUGUAUUUUUGGCCUAUUUUACGCCGGGUUGUGCUAUUUUGUCAUGUUUCAGGUCCCAGGUGUCAAAGGAAAGGCUAAGCACGAGUUUCGGGGCAUUCGGAAGUCAUUUCGUCAAGCUGGAGCCAAAACACGGGCACGCCUAAACCAUUACACGGCCGUGUUCUGUGGCCGUGCUUUUACUGCCGAGAGCUAAUUGAGUUUGGCAAAUUCAGGUUGCAAACAAGGGCUGAAAGCACGGCCGUGUUCCACCAAAGCACGGCCGUGUCCUCCCUAAAGCACGGCCGUGUUUCUCCCAACACAUGGCCGUGUAAUUAACCCUAGCCAAAGCACGGGCGGGCUGAGGCAUUACACGGCCGUGCCCUCGACCGUGCUUUGGCCACUGGUGCCUUUUUAAGCAGAUUUUCAGCCAAAGAGAAGGGGAUUCAAGUUUUUGAGAGAGAGAACGAUUCCUAGAGAGAGAGAAAGCGACGAACAAGACUCUCCAAGUUCCCUAGAUUGAUCUUCAACACCAUUGGAGGCCAGUUUGAGCUUGGAGAAGUGCCGAUCAACGUCCAGAAGCAGGAAUCCAUCCUUCACAGUAUGAAUUCCGCGUCUGAUUCUGCUUUUGCUUUUUUCUCCAUGGAGUAGUUCUCCCAUUCAUCUGGGUAUGGAGAACCCUAUAUUUGUAUGUUAGGCUUUGAUUGUAUGAACCCAAGUACUGAUUCUAUGAUUUGAUUAUAUUCGAUUGAGGUUUGAAUGAUUGAAUGACUUGAAUCCUGAUCAAAUUCCUGUUGUUUCUGCUUUAACCUAGAAUGAGAAUAUCUGCCUAGGUUAAUAGAGCAUCCUUGAUUGAAGGUAGGGAGUUGGUGACUUUAGUCGAGGAGCCAACUCACUAUUCUAGUACCGGAUUUACUCCGGUAGUGGAGGUUUUGUUUGUUAAGGCCUCAAUCUGUUUACUCCAGUGGAGGUUAGUCGCCCGCUAGAGAUUCAGAUUGAGAGGGUCUGAAGACCUUUAGUCGAGACUUCAGGCUGUUUAAGAACCUUCCGCAGUAUAACUAUCAUAGAAACUGAACUUGGUAAUUACAAUCUGGCUUAACUGCAGUCUAGGGGGAACCAUAUCCGGGUGACCUCUCUUAACCUGAAUACAACAGUUUACUUCCU